CAAACGUUUCGGUGACCUCGUUUUACCUGUGGCUUUGGCAUCAAUAGCUAUCGACAGGUUGUUGUGAUAUUUCCGGAAGUAUACAGGUGUGACUUUAUUGUGGAUAUUUCUCCGAACUGUUCUCAUCGGCAAACAGGAUCGGGAUGUAGAACGAUGUACGCUUGUGACCCGGUGACGCUUUCACCAGGACGGUUAUCCUGAUGGAAACCAUGGAUACGGUGGUUGCCGUAGCGAUUGGUGUUUUAGCAACCAUUUUCCUGGCAUCACUGGUGGGACUAUUUGUUGUGUGUAAAUACAGGUGUAAAAAAGGCACAGAUCUCAUUUCAUCCCUGCACAAAGACACCAGACCCGAUAUCCAGCUGAUUCAGGAUAGUCCUCAGGGGCAGAUAACUGAUGUAGAACUGGAUGAUGUUCGGAUUAACAAUCCGCGGCUGGAAGCCAUCCUUCAGGAUGAGAACUGGGUAGACGAUGCGACGGGCCUGAUGCCGCACUGCAUCUCCAUACUGAAGACCUGCCAUCAUCUCACAGAGAGGCUGGUGGCCAUGACGAUGGGAAACUCCCAGAUGAUUCAGACACAGGAACUGCUGACUGACAUCAUCGCUGUUGCCAAAAGAAUCAGUCCAAGGGUGGACGAGGUGGUCAGUUCCAUGUAUCCUCCUCUGGACCCCCGCCUACUUGAGGCAAGAUGUACAGCCCUUGUGCUAUCAGUCAGCCAUCUUGUCCUAGUCACCAAGCAUGCUUGCCGUAUGAAUGGAGGAAUGGACUGGAUUGACCAGUCCUUAGCCAAUGUAGACGAACACUUGAGGUUCCUACAGGAGGCUAGCCUUUGUUCAGAGUGGACUAGUCGACUUCCUUCAUGUGAUUCAGAUCAGGAUACAGAGCAAGACAUAGCCAAUCAAAUCACUCCUUCAAACCAGUCAUCGAUGGUGUAGACCAAUCAAAACAUUUGUUGCAUAUCAUUAAGGACAGACAGUCUUCUUAUUUCAUAAAUGAGUGCUUGAUAUAUUGGCAUUAUCAGACAUUCACUACACAUUGUAUUGAAUACAUAACAUAUUGUAUUGUGUUGAAUAUAGAAUGCUAUAUUUGAAAAAUGAAAGCAAUAUUUUUGAAAUAUAUACCUACACAGUUUAUACGCUAAAUGAUUGUCACUACACACAAUGUACUAAAUAUAUAUACAAUAUAUGUUGUGCCUUAUACCUAUAGUUCCGGUCCUGACGUGCUACAUUGUAAAAUAGAGUUAUAAAAUAUAUGUUAUAUUUAAGUUUUAUAAUUUUAUUGUGUUUUAAAUUGGGUAGAAUUGAUGAUGAUGAU